AUGCUUCCGACUCCGGUCACUAUACUAACCAACAACGUCUCAAGAACUCCGAAUAUCGACAUAAGUGUGAAUCUUUACGAAAAGGUGAAAGAAACCGACAAGAACUCUGUCACUGAAGAAGAUGAUGAAUAUGCGUGGAGAGUAAAAGUGGGAAAAACGCUUGAGAAAGUAGGAAGAUGGCUACAAGGCAAAUACUCGGCUGUCACUGAGGAAGAAGAGAAGGAGUUUGCAUUGCUGAAUGCUGAGCUGAAAGAACUGGCGGUCGGCGUGGCCGACGAAGUUGCCCGAGAAACAGGAAGUGUUGAUGAAUACGACGACGAAGCAGCUGCUUACGGCUGGGCAAAGUGGAGGAACAAGAUUACCGGUGCAGUGAAGAAGGUCGCCAAGGCUGUUAUAAUCAACAAGGUCGCCGGCAUUGUUCCCGGUGGACUCGGCUAGUUACAAAUGACACUG